ACGACCUAUUCUUAAGUCUUCCCACAGUCCCGCAGAGUUUGAUAAAACCCUUCCCGCUCUUAAACCUCCGGUGCUUUACCUUUCGCCUUCCGGUGCCGUCAAAUAUUUGAUACUCUGAAGAUGGAGAUUGACGAUGGCACAUCUCCUAGCUAUUUCGACCCGGAAAAUCUAAGCACAAGAGAGAGAUUUCGUCGAUACGGGAAAAGGAGUUCAGGCUCAAGCUUAUCUCCUCAUCGGGAAAGAUCCGCUGCUAGGAUCAGCGAAAACAGAUUGAAUGGUGCACUUUUUAUGGAGAAUAUCAAACAAGAAGUUGAAAGUAUUGAUGCUGAUCUAACACCUUCUGGAAUACAAACUGCUUCUAGGAGGAGACCCUCUCUUGAUAGCCGUGGGAUAUCAGAUACAGAUACUGAUUUGAUUCGUCGAGGUGGAAGCCUUUCCCUUAGAACUUGCAAGGAGGAGUAUGAUGCAUCACAAGACAGUGGAGACUCAACAUUUACUUUAUUUGCCUCCCUACUGGAUUCAGCUCUUCAAGGGUUAAUUUCUAUCCCUGAUUUGAUAUUACAUUUUGAGAAUUGUUGCCGUGAAGUCUCAGAGUCAAUUAGGUAUGGUUCUAAUGAAAUGCACAGAGUUAUGGAGGACAAAUUGAUGAGACAGAAGGCUCGGAUUUUGCUUGACGAGGCAGCUUCCUGGUCUCUCUUGUGGCAUCUUUAUGGAAAAGGAAAUGAAGAACUUCCGGAAGACCUAAUCAUGUUACCAACUACUUCACACUUAGAAGCUUGCCAAUUUGUGGUGAAGAAUCAUACUGCACAACUGUGCCUCCGCAUUGUGCAGUGGCUUGAAGGAUUAGCUUCCAAAGCCCUUGAUUUGGAUAGAAAGGUACGAGGCUCUCACGUUGGCACCUAUCUCCCCAGCUCCGGAAUUUGGCAUCACACUCAACGGUUCCUGAAGAAAGGUGUUUCAAAUCCAAAGACAAUUAAUCACUUGGACUUUGAUGCGCCUACGCGUGAACAUGCUCAGCAGUUACAUGAUGACAAAAAACAAGAUGAAUCUCUUCUGGAGGAUGUCUGGACUCUGUUAAGGGCAGGGAGAUUGGAAGAAGCAUGUAGCCUCUGCCGGUCAGCUGGACAGUCAUGGAGAGCUGCAACACUAUCGCCAUUCGGAGGGUUUGAUCAGUUUCCUUCCAUGGAAGCCCUAGUGAGAAAUGGCAAGAACAGAACGUUACAGGCCAUUGAGCUGGAAAGUGGAAUUGGUCGUCAAUGGCGUCUCUGGAAGUGGGCUUGCUAUUGUGCUUCCGAGAGAAUUGCAGAUCAAGAUGGUGGGAAGUAUGAAGCAGCAGUAUAUGCAGCCCAGUGCAGUAAUCUGAAACGUAUUCUUCCAACAUGUAUGGAUUGGGAGUCUGCUUGCUGGGCCAUGGCAAAAUCAUGGCUUGAUUUUCAGGUUGAUGUGGAAUUGGCUCGCCUGCAACCCGGUGGAAAUGACCACUUCAAGAAUUUUGAAGAAGCAAUUAGUCCAGAUUUUGCAGAUGGCGCUUCUCAGCCAGCUGUUGGGCCAGAUAGUUGGCCACUUCAAGUUGUGAAUCAGCAACCUAGGCACCUUUCUGCUGUUCUUCAGAAACUCCAUUCAAGCGAUACGGUGCAUGAAGUUGUUGCUCGAUCGUGCAAGGAACAGCAGAGACAAAUUGAGAUGAACCUUAUGUUAGGAGACAUACCAAGUUUACUGGACAUCAUUUGGUCUUGGAUAUCACCUUCUGAAGAUGAUGAAGCCUUCUUCAAACCUCAUGGUGACCCACAAAUGAUGCGCCUUGGUGCACACUUAGUGCUUGUGCUCCGAUACUUACUCGAAGAUCAAAUGAAGGAUGAUUUUAGAGAGAAAUUACUGACGGUUGGUGACCUCAUUCUUCACAUGUAUACUAUGUUUCUAUUUACAAAGCAACAUGAAGAGUUGGUUGGGAUUUAUGCUUCUCAGUUAGCUCGUCAUCGUUGUAUUGAUCUGUUUGUGCAUAUGAUGGAGUUAAGGCUGAAUAGCAGUGUUCAUGUCAGAUAUAAGAUAUUCCUUUCUGCUAUUGAAUACUUGCCAUUCACUCCAGAAGAUGAUUCGAAGGGCAGUUUUGAGGAGAUCAUUGAAAGGGUUCUUUCAAGGUCUCGUGAAAUCAGAGUUGGGAAAUAUGAUAGUGAAACUGAUGUUGCAGAGCAGCAUCGAUUGCAGAGCCUUCAGAAAGCUAUGGUAAUUCAGUGGCUUUGUUUUACACCUCCUUCAACAAUCAAUAAUUCUACGUCUGUUAGUAUGAAACUUCUUUUCCGGGCGUUGAUGCACAGCAAUGUGCUGUUCAGGGAAUUUGCUCUUAUUUCAAUGUGGAGGGUUCCAGCAAUGCCCAUCGGCGCUCAUACUUUGCUCAGUUUACUGGCUGAGCCAUUGAAACAACUCUCAGAUGAGCUUGUUUCCAUUGAGAGUUAUGAGUUCUCGGAGAAUCUAAAGGAGUUCCAGGACUGGAGUGAGUUCUAUUCAUGUGAUGCAACUUAUCGCAACUGGCUAAAGGUUGAGCUAGAGAACGCAGAAAUUUCACCAGUUGAACUCUCAGAUGAGGAGAAGCAGAAGGAAGUUAUAGCAGCUAGAGAAACACUUGAUGCAUCACUCUCGCUUCUACAACGGCAAGAAAAUCCAUGGUUAGUUCCAACUGAAGAUCGUGUAUUGGAAAGUGAUGAACCUGUUUUCCUGGAGUUGCAUGCGACUGCGAUGCUUUGUUCAUCAGCUGGUGAUUGUAUGGCUCCCGAUGCCACCUUAUGCACAACGUUAAUGAGCGCCCUUUACUCUUCUGUCAGUGAGGAAGAAGUAUUAAAUCGCCAAAUAAUGGUGAAUGUCUCUAUAUCGUCCAGAGACAACUAUUGUGUUGAGGUUGUAUUGCGCUGCUUAGCAACAGGAAAUGAUGGGCUUGGGCCACAUAAGUUCCAUGAUGGUGGUAUUCUUGCUGCAGUGCUUGCUGCUGGUUUUAAAGGGGAGCUUGUUCGCUUUCAAGCUGGAGUUACAAUCGAGAUAUCUCGAUUAGAUGCUUGGUAUUCUGACAGUAAUGGUUCUAUUGAAGGCCCUGCAACCUAUAUAGUGCAUGGUCUUUGUCGUAGGUGUUGCAUCCCUGAAGUCAUUCUGCGGUGUAUGCAGGUUUCUGUCUCACUUGCGGAGUCUGGUAAUCCACCUAAUAACCAUGAGGAGUUGAUCAACCUUGUCACAGAUCCUGAAAUUGGAUUUCUUCGUCUCUUCAGUCAGAAUCAGUUGCAGGAAUUUUUGUUGUUUGAGAGAGAAUAUACAAUACACAAAAUGGAGCUUGAAGAGGACUCAACUUCUUGAUUUGUUUAAGAUGAAGACCAGAAGAGGCUUAAUUACUUAACAGGCUUGUGUAAAUUUUAGUGGAUUUGUGUAUUUAUAUUUGUUGUCUAUUGAAAUUCAAGUUGAUGGAAAUUUUGCUUUAUUUAGGAAUCGAAAACUAGAAAAGUUACAUAAUAUUAAGAUUUGUUUUAAGAUGAUCUGAGACAUCUUCAAGAUGAGCAAUACUUGUAAAACUUAUUUCCCUUUUAUUCUGUUUUUUUUUCCCUAAUAUGAUGGAUUUAUCACUAAA